AUGAUUUUACCAUUAACUACUCUAAGAGAGAGACAUGCUCCAACAACCGUCACAAGCGUUUCUACCCCUUUUGUAGACCAAGCCACCCUGGUAGAACAAGUGAAACGAGUAAAAGAAAUUGAAGCUAUUGAAAGUGACUCUUUUGUUCCACAGACAUUCAGAUCAAGUAAAGAAGUCAAAAAGUCAACAGAACCUGGUGAACUGAAGUGUGAACCUGCAAGUGUAGGAGUUGAAACUGACAAGCUGUCUAAUACUGAAAAAGAAAUAGCACCUGGCAACAUUCCUACUGCCAUCAAGUACCAAGAUGAUAACUCUUUAGCGCAUCCAAAUCUAUUUAUUGAGAAGGCAGAAGCAGAGGAAAAAUGGUUCCAGAGGUUGAUUGCUCUUCGUCAAGAAAGGCUGAUGGGUAGUCCUGUGCCUUGAGUGAUUUACAGUGGACAUCAUCCAGAAUUUCUUCAUGAAUACUAGGAAAAUUCUACUAUAAAAUUGUUUCAUUUGACUGCUAACAUCACUUUGAAAAGUAAAUGUGAGUUGUAAGGAAAAUACAAGUUUAAUCUAAAUGAAGAUACAUGCCUUAGUCUCUCUCAUUGUUCCAUUUUAUUCAAUGAGAGUUACCUGAGUAAUUUCAGAGUUUCAGAGAGUUCAGAAUAAGUUGUGUAUAGGUAGUACUUUAGGGAUGAAUGAAGAAGGGAGAAUGUCAGAGAAAGAGGAAAGGCCAAAUUUAUUAGUGCUAUAGCACAACAAUAUAAAUUACAUCUCUUGGAGUCAUCAAGGCCUCCUGCUUCCCAAGAGGGGUUCAGCUCAAAGAGGUAGUUCCUCUUCUGUCUUCCUGGGAAGAAGCAGUUUUUAAUGCAUUUCUGCAUGAACUAUUCCAGCGAAGACUGCUGAAGAGAUAUGCAGAACUGUAUGUCCACAUGCAGCCCUGCCUUACCGUCUUCCUCACUAGUACAACCCAUAUCUUGGGCAGACACACUAGAAUGAAAAUAUAGGAGGCUGUAUUUUGGAAUAGUGGGUUUAAUUCUACCUCUAUAUCUUCCCACUGCCAUCAUACUCCUAAAGAUUCAGUAAGCACGAAUGAUAAACAGUACCGCUGUCCCUCUUAAAAGCAAACAUGCAGAUUUUUAGCAAGUUUAAAGAAAUGCAUUUCAUAAACCAUUUAAAAAUGUUUAGCAUUCUAGAGAGAUCAGCUCUUUGUGUGGCCUAUUUAUAAGAACUGAUUCAUAUAUCAUUGUGUGCAUCUGUACAGAAAUAUAUUGAACAAGGCCUAUCAGUUCUCAAAACUAGAUGGAGAGAGUGAUUCAGAAUAUAAAGUUUCCCAUUAUCCAAGUAGCCCUUUAAAAUAUGUUGUCUGUGGAAAAGAUUAGUCACAUUGGGGUAGCAUUCAAUUUAUGAAUAAAUUACUUCUAAAGUCAUAAUAUUUUUGGUAGAAUGAGAGAAAGCAGUACUAAAAUGUUGGUAUGAUUUUUUUGUUCCCUCUAGUGAACACUGAUCGGUAUAUUUCAAAACAAGAUCUGAAUUUCCAUUGAUUGUCCAACAACAUACCAGUCACCUACAUAAUUAAAUGCAGAAAAAAAAGGCUCUCCUAAGGUGCCUAGCACAUCUGUAGUUAAAAUACUUGUGUUAAAGAAAAAGAAAUGUAAGCAUAACUUCUAUGGACAAAUCACCUAGAAAUAUCCUGCAUAAUAUAGACUUGUUCAAAAGGAUGUAAUAGAGAUUUGUUUUAAAUGAUCAUCUCUUCCCCAUGGGUAGAUUAAUGAACACAGAUACCUUUGUUUGGGGAGAAGAGAGUAUUAAAAUAUGUUGGGAUGGAUUUUCAUUUUUAACAGUAGUGAAAGUCUCACUAGGAUAUGUUGAAAAUAAUAGUUUAUUUUAAAUGUAUCAAGUCUCUUGCAACUAAAUGAAGAGAAGCUUAAUUAAUUGUCAGAGAAGAGGUGGCCAAAAUUAGUAUUUUCAAACUUUCUCUAUUUGGCAUUGUCCUCUAAUUUACUUGUAUAGUUUUAUAAAAAAUAAUGUUCAGUUUCCAAGCCAUGUUCACCUUAAAAUUCCUGCAUUGUCCACAGCUGUAUGAUGAUAUUUUGAUUUUGAAAUAGAUUUAUUUGUUUUAUAAUUGUGUUUUACAACCUCAGAAUAUUUUGAAUAGUCACAAAACCAUUCAUUAAUGGGGGAAAAAUGGGAUGUAACUGUAUAGGCAGGGUUCAUUUGCUACUGAUGAUCAACCAGUAGUGAAAUAUCACCAGCAAAAGUCCAUUUUGAAGCAUAAUAGUGAGUAGGGUCUGGCAAUUGGAUAGAAAAGCCAUCGCUAACCCUGCAAUAGAAGGAAAAGAAGUUAUUUAAAACCUUGGGCUGAAGUUCCCCAGAUAACAUAUGGGAUAGUGAGCACAUUCUACAGUCAGAUUUUUAUAGCACAAUUUGCAGAUUACUGAUACAGACUAACAACAAAAUAAUUCUACCAGAUUCUGUAGUUUUGAAUGUACCCUGAUGAAUAAUGAGAUGAAGAGGGCUUUAAAUUAAUUUAAAUGGCAUCUUCUUCUCCUUUAAGUCCUAUGAUGUAGUUAAAGUGUUAACAAUGUGCUAGGCAUCUUGCUGUGCCUGACUACUGGAAACAUUCAAAAUAUCAAGCAUUUUAAAGUGAAUGGAAUUAUAAGAGCCAUUGACAAUACAGUAAAACACCCAAGUCCUGUUUACACUACAGUUUCCACCAUUUCUACCAUCAGUAAUAAAUUGCCAAGUUUGCUAAUAAGGUCUGUCUUGGAAGAUAGUGGACUCACUUUGCAUGCUGAGUCUGCUUCUGCAUAGGCAAACAAAGUUUGCUUAAGACCAGAGUCUGAAUCCAUGGGGGUCUUAAUAGUUGAAUAUUGUAGAUAUAACUUAAGACUAGACUGCGUGAUUGAGGUUGUGUAAACUCCCCAUAUCCUAUUUGUCUUGCAUUUACUGAAUAAUGUUCUAUGAAUGAUUAAAUAAAUUAUUCAUUUUCCUGUCAAUGUAAGGCAGAUACUUCAGCCAGCAGAAAUAAUACAUCAGGGAAGACAAUAACAUUAGAAAAAAACACUGUUCUGUUACUAACCAUGAAAGGGGAAGACCUUUGAAAGUCUUACAAACUAAAACCAUUUUAUAAGACUGGCCCCAAUAAAAUAUACCCAAAAUAUAACUUUACUCAACAACGUUUUGAUUUGUGAGCCAUUGUCAACUGAGAGAGAAACUAAACAGAUUUCCCAAAAUCAGACAGACUAGCUAAGAAUUCAGAUGCACCAUGCACUAUGUGGGCAUGAAAAUCAAAUCAAUGAAGAUCUCUUAAUAGACCAAAGUUCUUUGCUAACUAGUUCUCCCCAUGUGCUCUCCUCUCCCACCCACCCCGCCGCCACGGCCACCAGUCAAGCAUCAGGUCAUACCUGUGCUGCUCCCAUGGCCUCGCUUCCUUGAAAUCCUGAAAGGUACCUGUCAUACUGAACCUUGUAAAUGACCAUUAAGCGUUUAGUUUCCUUUGUUGGCCUGCUUCCAUCUUUGUUUUAGUUCCUUAAUGCUGUAUGUGUGGGUGGGAAUGGGUUCUGAACUGAGAGAGGAAAAAGAUAAUUGUUUUUAAAAUAAUCCUAACUAAUUGAACCAUAAGAAUGAUUGGUGGAUUGUAAUGUCUCUUGAAUCCCAUCUUAUAUGCACUUCUGAUCAUUUGUUAUCAUCCAUGAUUUGUGACAGUAGUUCAUGUAUGCUGGUCUGUACUUAUUUUUUUUCUCUUGUUCUGUCUUUUGGCUACAAUAAACAAUGUGAUGUGAUUACAUACAUAUA